GAUAUCUGACGUGAAAGCCUGCGUUAGUCGCGGCAAAUUGGAGGCAGGAAGGACCAUUCCGUAGUGCAAAAUUUAGCCGUAUGUUCGAAGUGUCAAUCCCAACGACCCUUGCCAGUUGGUGCGUACAAGUUGGGAGGCAUCAUCAGGCAACGGACGAGUUGACGGCUGUAGUCCUGGAGUCUUGCAGACUGCGGCCUUAGAACGAGAGAUGCACGAGGCAAGUUUUAAGGUACCUGAGGUUGUGCAUGCAACAACGAAGAUACCACUGGAGGUGCAAGGGAACCACAGUACUUGAAGUAUUGCACACUGCCUCCAGAUGCAACUGUAGUUGCCAUAGUUGCUAUGGCUGUUUGGCAGAGGCCAUCCUAUGUGUCCGAAGGAUGCAGCUAAUAGUGUCCAGUUAUUAGAAGGAAAGGUAUCCGAAGGACUUGACCCAUGUAUGGUGUUUUACCUCGCAUAUCCGGACGGUAAUGUUGAUCUGGAUCUCCUAUGCAACAUGUGCCACCGUAGGUUGGCCAUCAUGAUGAAGAUUGCCCGUUGUGAAGGUAACGUCGAUGCAGUCCGCAAUGUUCUCGAGCAAGACGAAACUUGCCACGAGUGCCUUAUCGAAGGGAGCCCACAGGACAGCGUGUCUCACUUUUUUCUUAGGUUGUUACUGUGCCCAUUUGGAUCUGCCUUCAACACUGUAAUGCAAGCCGAAUCGAUGCUGUUUCUGUGUCGCUUUGAGGCACUGAACUGGGACGAACGUAAAGCCAUCAUUGAGCGUGCUUUCUCCGAUUCCAACGAACUCCUGAAGUGCAACAUAAAUCAGGAAUUUCGCGAGGUUCUGACGGCCCUGACCAAGGUUCUUGCUGCUGCCUUGAAGAGCUGGAGUCUCAUCGUUGAAGCCAAAGAAUUUUCUGUUGGUGUGCCUUUUGAGCAUGCCCUCUCUCUUGUGAGUGCUCGUCGGGUCAUCCUGCGAGCAGGCGAAGCCAUCAUAAGGGAGCACCAUCUUCCUGAGUUCCUGGCGGGCAUGUUCCAAGCAGUGUGCGAGCAAGGCACCGCCCACUUCAAGAGGUCGGCGCGAUUUCGAACACUGCACCAAGAUGAAAGAAUGGUUGAACUGCGCAGAUCCUUAAGAGCUGCUUACGAAGCACACCGAGGAUUCUUGGCUGUGGGCUGCCCCCUGAAGGCCGGUGAAGUGGACAGCCAGGCAGCAGCAUACUUCCCACCGUGCAUGUCCGCAUUGUAUGCCACCUUGAAGAGGGACAAGAGGCUGUCCCAUGACGAUCGAUUCAUCUUUUCAUUGUUCCUGAAGGAGAUUGGCCUAAACCUGACUGAAGCCAUCGAGUUCUGGAGUCGCUACUACAUCGAGCCCCCUGGCAAGAAGGCUGCCUGCAGCCACACCUGGCAAAAGGACACGUCGCGCCUCACAUACAGCGUGCGACACAUGUACGGCCAGGAGGGCAGCCGGGUCGACUACACCGCCCACAGGUGCACUCAAGUCCAGUAUAGCCACCUCUGUCCGUUCACCUCCGACAAGUUGCAGACACUUCAAGAAGGGCAACAGGUGGGAGAUCUGGAAGACAUUGCUCAGCUAUGUGAGAACAAGCAGUAUUUAGCGGCGUGCAAGCUCCACAUGCAAAGGACUGGAAAACAACUCGCAUCAGAGAUGAUCUUGCAGGCGGAACCAUUUGAAGGUCGCGAUGUAGAAUCCUCUGCGGAACCUCUAGUAGGAAUUCAUAAACCAUCACAGUUCUAUUUCUACAUUAGAAAAUUAACUAGUCCAUCGUAAUGCUUGUUCGGUGCUAUUGUGUGUUUAAAGAAAAGAGGAUGCAUUGAGGCUAUGCAUUGUGAAUACAACACAGCAUUCCUUUUGUUUUGCACAUAUCACCCAUAUCAUUGAAGUGAUGUACAAUUAUACAUUUACUCCAGAGUAGGAAGUUAACUGUUAAUAAAAUGUUAAUCAGUUGG